UCUCAUACCCGUUCGACAUUUAACCAAAACACGAAUCCGAAAAAGACAGCUCCCCUAACGCUCAUCAGAUUCCCAUAAUUUCUUCUUCCUCUUCAGCUUCUUCUCAUUCCAUUCCUUGUAAACCAAACAAACAAAAAAUAAAAAUAAAAAUUUGCAUAAGAGAAAAAACCAGUAAAACCCUCGCCACUCCGAUCUGAAAUUCCUCCUCCGGCAUUCUCCGCUUCCGAUUUCCACUUUCCGGUGAAAAUGGGGGGCAAUCGGGGCAUUUUGGUGGUACUGCUGGCGUUGGUGAUGGUGAAUCUGGCUCUGGUCGCGAACGGCGACGAGAAGAAGAUUGUAGUGAAGAGGGUGAAUGGGAAGAAGAUUUGCACACAAGGGUUGGAGUGUAAGGAAUCGGUUUUCUGUUGUAACCAUACGAUCACCGACAUUUUUCAGUACUACCAGUUCGAGGAUCUCUUCUCGAAGAGGAAUUCGCCGGUGGCGAAGGCCGUCGGGUUCUGGGACUUCGAGUCGUUCAUCACCGCCACCUACAAUUACCAGCCGCGAGGGUUCGGAACCACCGGAGGCAAGACCAAUCAGAUGAAGGAGAUCGCCGCAUUCCUUGCUCAUGUCGGCGCCAAGACGUCUUGCGGUUAUGGAGUGGCCACCGGAGGACCAUUGGCAUGGGGUCUAUGCUACAACAAGGAAUUGAGUCCUAGCCAGUCAUACUGUGAUGAUUACUACAAGUUGACCUACCCCUGCGCUCCUGGAGCUGAAUACUACGGUCGUGGAGCCUUGCCCAUCUACUGGAACUACAACUAUGGUAAAGCUGGAGAAGCAUUGAAGGUUGAUCUGUUGAAUCAUCCAGAAUACAUAGAACAGAAUGCUACCCUUGCCUUCAUGGCUGCAAUGUGGAGGUGGAUGACCCCAAUCAAAAGGGGGCAGCCAUCUGCCCACGAUGCUUUUGUUGGCAACUGGAAGCCCACCAAGAAUGACACUUUGUCUAAGAGAAUUCCAGGAUUCGGGACCACAAUGAACAUUCUUUACGGUGAUCAAACCUGUGGCCAGGGUGACAUUGACCCCAUGAACACCAUAGUUUCUCACUACCAAUAUUACCUUGACCUGAUAGGUGUGGGGCGAGAGGAGGCAGGGCCACAUGAAGUGCUAAACUGUGCCGAGCAGGUUCCGUUCAACCCAUCCGCUCCUGCUCAAGCAGCUUCUUGAGGUCCCUAUUAUGCUGUUACCCGUUUUGUCCUACGUAAAAGAAAGUCGGAUUCUGGGAUUCGAUACUUUCCAAAGGUGAAAACAUAAUAAAACGUGGUGAACUAAGAUGCUUCCUUGCAGACAUUUUCAACUCUUUUUGGUGUAUGAUGUUCAUCUAUUUGUUGUAGCUCUUUUGUUCGUGCUGUGUAGAUUAGAAAUUUAUUUGUGUUAAAAACAUUUCAAGGGUGUGUGGCUAUUUGAUAUGUAAUACCAUUUUGUUCUUAUGUAUGUGUUUCAGUUGCAGAUUUGUAAAGUUGAUACUUUAUACAUAUGUACUUCUAUAUAUCGAUACUCUAUUUGCAUA